AUGCAGGUCCACACGUCGACGCACCCGUCUCCCGCGAGCGACCUCGUCACCUGCGCCCUCUUCUCCCCGCUCGCGACCCACCUCGCCCUCGCGUCGGCCGACCACCACGUGCGCGUCACCACCCAGCACCCAGACUCGCACACCUGGGACCACAACCCGCGAGAGUGGAAGGCCCACGACGGCCCCGUCCUCGCACUCGCCUGGGCCCACCCCUCGUUCGGCAACCUCCUCGCUUCGGGCGGCUCCGACGGCGCCCUCCACCUCUGGCUCGACGACCACCACGACCAGCACCACCACGACCACUCGCACUCGCACUCGCACGGCCGCCCUCCACCCGGCUGGACCUGCACCGCCUCGCUCCUCGACGCCCACGGCACCCUGCGCUCCCUCUCGUUCGCCCCGCCCGAGGCCGGCCUCAAGCUCGCCGCCGUGUCGAGCGACAGCCACCUGCGCGUGUGGGAGUGCCUCGACCCGCUCAACUUGCGCGACUGGCAGCUGCGCGACGACGUCGACCUCGCCGCCCUCCCGCUCUCGCCCUCGAGCGCCGCACCGCUCCAUGGCGCACACGGCGAGCUGCGACCGGGCACGGCCGGUGCGCUCGUCGGCUCGGGCGACGGCUUUGGGCUCGCGAGCGGCGUGAGCGCCGCCAGCGGUGCGUCGUCGGCCGGCGUUGGCGCCAGCUCGUCGGCGGGCUCGACUGCAGCGCCGUUCCCCUCGGUCUCGAGCGCAUCGAGCGUGUCGGGCACGGGCACCGGUACCGGUGGAGCGGGCGGUGCAGGAGGAGCGAGGGCCGGCGGGACGGUCGAGAGCGACGGCGCGUGGGCCGUCAGCUGGUGCCAGGAGGCGUGGUGGGGCGAGCGCAUCGCCGUCAGCAGCGGCACCAACGGGCUCAUUCGGCUGUUCCACUUCCCCUCGUCUUCGUCCUCUUCCUCGUCGUCCGCGCCCUGGCACAACUACCUCAACCUCCUCCCCUCGCGCCCCUUCAUCACCUCACGCGCCCCGUCGUCGACCUCGUCCGCCCAGCCAGCCUCGACGCCCACCUCGUCGGCCUUCUCGGUCCCGGGCACGGGCACCUCGUCCACCUCGAGCGACGACCCCGACGCGCCGCACCACGGGCCCGGCUCGCACACGCACACGCCGCCGACGGCCUCGCUCGCGUGGGCCCCGCCCUCGGGCAGGAGCUUCCUCCUCCUGGCCGCCGGCGCGAGGGACGGCCGAGCGCGCGUGUGGAAGGUCGUCCCGCCGCCGCUCGGCGCGCCCUCGUCGGCGUUCGGCUCGGCGGCGACCGACACGCGAUCGUCGGCGGCGACGGGCGCGGCGGCGCAGGACGAGGGCGGCGCAGGUGCGGCGGGCGAGUGGGCGGCGCGCCUCGAGGUCGAGCUCGAUGCGGCGCCGCCGGCUGAGCGACCAGGGCUCGCGGUCGGCGGUGGUUCAGGUGGGGCAGGUGCGGCGGGUGGGCCAGGAGGAGCGCUCGCGAGCGCGAGGGUCGCGUGGAACGUGACAGGGACGGUGCUCAGCACGAGUGGGGGCGACGACGGGCGGGUCCGGCUGUGGAAGCCCACGUACACGGGCCAAUGGCGGCAGCUGGCGGUGCUCGGGACCGAGGACACGCCUGGAGCGACUUGAGAAGGCCGAUCUGCCGGCGGCGCGCCGAGCCUUUUCUCGCACCGCAACGAGCGCUCUGCAACGAGAACCAUGUCGCGCUCACUGUUC